CUGGGGCCGGGAGGUGCACGGGUGGAGGCAGUGCGGAGGUUCGCUGGAAUCGCUGGGCUCGGCGGGUGGCGGCGAGCGGCGGCGACGCGCACAAAGGCGUAUUGUGGCUUCACUGGUGCUCGCGGCGGGCGGCGCCGGGGCGGGGGCGGCGGGGCACGCCGGGAAACCCGGCGGGAGCGGCGCGGGCGAUGAACCGGGGCCCGGCAUGGCCUCUGCGCGGCCGCCGGGCCGGGCCUGCGCCUCGGCGCCCGCGCCCGCCGGGCUCCGUACCGGGCCGCCCGCCCUCUCCGCCGCCACCGCCGUUUCUCCCGAGCCUGCGGGCGGCGCCGAGGCCGAAGAACGCUCGCUGCAGCACAUGCUGCGCGCCAUAGCCGAGGAACGCGGCCGCGUCAGCCUGCGCCGCGAGGUCUGCGGCCUCGGGUACGUCAAGGAUGACCGCAUCGCCUUCUGGACCUGGAUGUUCUCCACCUACUUCAUGGAGAAGUGGGCCCCACGGCAGGACGACAUGCUCUUUUACGUGCGCCGGAAACGGGUGUUUGCGGGCGGCGAGAGCGGCGGCGACUCGAGGAAGCUGGCGGAGGUCGAGCCCGAGGUGGAGGUGGAGGUGUACCGGCGGGACUCCAAGAAGCUGCCAGGCCUGGGAGACCCUGACAUCGACUGGGAGGAGAGCGUCUGCCUGAACCUCAUCCUGCAGAAGCUGGACUACAUGGUGACCUGUGCCGUGUGCACACGCACUGACGGGGGCGACAUCCACAUCCAUAAGAAGAAAUCCCAGCAAGUGUUCGCAUCCCCCAGCAGACACCCCAUGGAUAGCAAAGGGGAAGAGUCUCAGAUCAGCUACCCCAACAUCUUCUUCAUGAUCGACAGCUUCGAGGAGGUGUUCAGUGACAUGACUGUGGGAGAAGGAGAGAUGGUCUGUGUGGAGCUGGUGGCCAGCGACAAAACCAACAUGUUCCAAGGGGUCAUCUUUCAGGGCUCCAUCCGCUACGAGGCACUCAAGAAGGUGUACGACAACCGAGUGAGCGUGGCCGCCCGCAUGGCACAGAAGAUGUCAUUUGGCUUCUACAAGUACAGCAACAUGGAGUUCGUGCGCAUGAAGGGGCCACAGGGCAAGGGCCACGCAGAGAUGGCCGUCAACCGUGUGUCCACGGGCGACACAUCCCCCUGUGGGACCGAGGAGGACUCCAGCCCGGCUUCGCCCAUGCAUGAGCGGGUGACCUCCUUCAGCACGCCCCCCACCCCAGAGCGGAACAACCGGCCCACCUUCUUUUCCCCGUCCCUGAAGAGGAAAGUGCCCCGCAACCGCAUCGCCGAGAUGAAGAAGUCUCACUCGGCCAACGACAGCGAGGAGUUCUUCAGGGAGGAUGGCGGUGGAGCUGAUCUGCACAAUGCCACCAACCUGCGGUCUCGGUCCCUGUCGGGCACGGGGCGGUCCCUGGUCGGGUCCUGGCUGAAGCUGAACAGAGCAGACGGAAAUUUCCUUCUCUAUGCACACUUGACCUACGUCACUUUGCCGCUGCAUCGGAUCUUAACAGACAUCCUGGAAGUUCGGCAGAAGCCCAUCCUGAUGGCCUAGCCGUGCGUGGAGCCACACAGAGCCCGGGCUCGCCCGGCCCUGCGAGUGCUGCCAAGUGCCUACCUGCCCAUCGCCACCCGGGUCUUCUGUGCCAGCCCAGCGCCGGAGCCGGAGCCGGAGCCGGAGCCAGGCGGGGCCACUCGACCCCUGGGGCCAGGGCCGACUCCGCGAACACCAGCCCAAACUGAAGUGCCUCUUUCUCCUCCCCGCUGGCUCUGCUCCUGCCCUGCGCACCCCCAGCCAUCGCCCCAGCCCAUCUUGGAGAGCCCUCUGCGCCCAAAGAGCACCCCAGAUGCCAUGAGGCCACAAGAGAGCGAAGGAGCAUGCCAUGUGCCCAGUCCUACAACUUGACAUGCACAUCCUGCAGAUGGCAGGUGCCCGGGCGCUCAGGAGGUCCACUGUCAACCCUCUAAAGGAAAAUGGUUUUAAGAUUCUGCAGCGCUGUGCCAGUGAACUUGAGCAUCUGAGUUGGUCCUGGCGCGUCGCCCUCCCUGGCUUGGUCCUAAAGGGGUCACCCUGGGUAGAUGGGGACCUGGCUGUUGGAUAGUGUGGCUCGGUGGGGGCACUUCACCCCACACCAGUUCCAGAAAGGCCUCUAGCAGAGCAGACAGGCCCUGGUCGUGCCAGGAUGGCCUUCACUUUCAGCCAAAGAGCAUCGCCAACACACACCUCCAACCAGGAGACCUCCCCCUCUGUGCCUCAGCGGUGUGACCGCCGAACAUGGGGGCCCACAGGACAAGAGUGGGGUCUCUGCUAAAGAUGGGUGGGGUGGGGUUGGCAUGCUCCCAGGAAGGUUCUAGAACCUCCAUCCUCUGGGGGCCGGCCGGGAGGAGGGUGUUUUAUUUCUGGUUUUCUAGAGCUUACUACCUUCUGCCUGAGAGCGGGUCCUAUUUCUGAGACCCACUCACCGAGGCGGAAGGGGACAGGCCUCCACUCACUGGUCAGGGGUGUGAGUGGCCUCCCAGCCCCAGACCCACCCGCGGCCCUGUGCCAGCCAGGACUUCCACCUGUGACAGCCCACGUGCUCUUCUCAAAGCCACGAGCCUUCUCAACAGCAGACCCGUUGCCCCGGCCCACUGGGAGCAAACUGCCAGCUGGGGCGCCGGGGCUGAGUGGCUGUGCUCGAGGGCCCCAGGGUCUCAGCAGCUCCUGCAGUGUGUUCCGAGGUUCUCUCCGGGGGAGCAAAAAGGAGUGGGAGGGGCUCAUCCUCCUGUGUGAUUUUAUUCUGUGCUCUGAAGGUUCACACUGGGCUCCAGAACGGGGGACCACUCGGGGGCUUUCUCUAGAUUUUGUAUGCUGUUAUUAAAAGCGAGCUAUUGCAUUUCA